GGCGGCGCGGAAGUCAGUGGUUGCGGCGGCCGUUGGGUUCGUUGCGCUGCUUGCUGCCAUGGCCAAGCAGCUCGGCCGGGAGCAGCAGGGCAUCACCCUGCGCGGCAGCGCCGAGAUCGUCGCUGAGUUCUUCUCCUACGGGAUCAACAGCAUCCUCUACCAGCGAGGCAUCUACCCGCCCGAGACCUUCACCCGCGUGCAGAAGUAYGGGCUCACCCUCCUCGUCACCACCGACCCCGAGCUCAAGAACUACCUCAACAACGUGGUGGAGCAGAUGAAAGAGUGGUUGUACAAGUGCAUCGUGCAACGCCUGGUGGUGGUGAUCUCCAGUAUUGAAAGCAACGAGGUCCUUGAGAGGUGGCAGUUUGACAUAGAGUGUGACAAAGCUGCGAAGGAUGAGAGUGCACCUCGAGAAAAAUCUCAGAAAGCUAUUCAGGAUGAAAUCAGAUCUGUUAUCAGACAAAUAACUGCCACAGUAACUUUUCUGCCUUURUUGGAAACUGCCUGUGCCUUUGACUUGCUGAUUUACACAGAUAAAGACUUGGCGGUGCCAGAAAAGUGGGAAGAGUCAGGACCGCAGUUCAUAGCCAAUUCAGAAGAGGUUCGUCUUCGCUCCUUCACUACCACAAUCCACAAAGUUAAUAGCAUGGUAGCUUACAAGAAGGAUUCGUUUCCUUAAGAUGUGCUUUUUGUCAUCUCCGCCCUGUCCUGUGUAGCUGCAUUGUGAACAAACUAAGCAAUGAAUAGCAGCCUCCUGUUACUGCRGAUUGGCAGGAGCACAAUACAGAAAGAGGACAAAGCACUUGUCUGUGAUUACAGAUACUGUGAGGUCAUGCUUAUCUAAGCUGCUAGCCUUUCCAAGAGGWACAUAAAGGACUUAUCCACCACCAGAAACCAAUUAUUACACUGAACAGGAUGCACCAASUCAAUGGUGUGUUAGCGACACUACCUUAGGAGCAGCUGCUAGAACCUUAAGUGUCUUUAGCUUAAAAGCUUAAGACUAAAUGUGUUCUAGUAGCACUCAAACACACUUAGCAUUUAAAAACCUUGCUCCUACACACCAGUUUUUCAUGGUAGAAGAAUCUGUCCUGCAUACCCUAAACAAUCAAAGUUAAUCAGCAGAAAAAUUCUAUGCAGUUACUUGUCUUUCCUAGCCCUUGAAAGCAGCUAUUCUUCAGAAAAGUCAAAUGCAGAAAGCCUUGUAUAGUAAUGACUUUUCUAGACUAGGUAGUUUUGGGGAUGUUGUUCAAGGCUGUUGUGUAUCUAUUUCUUCGGUGUCUGUCAUAUAUAUGUUUUUAUUUGU